CGACGCAUUGCAGCGGCAUCCAUACAUGUUUUCCCUGAAUACAAACCCAUCAAUGGACUCCCACGUCUGGGAAUAUCCGCAUGCGUCCCUUUAUUGAUAUCAAAGGGUGAUUCUGCGUACGCCCACUCAGAAAGUUGCCGUUCUUUCAUGUCUGCGCUAUAUUCCGACACAGUCUAAACGUACAUGUGGCUGUAAACGGGGGUGCUGCAAGAUGGAUUCGUUCGGCGUCACUAUUUACCUGAAAUUGCUGAUUAUCUAUGCUACUGCCUCGAGCUUGGUGGACUCGCUGAGUCUGGCCAGUCAAUCUACCACGAGGCCCAGAUUGAAACCGCAACCAGAGCCGCCGUCGGCGACGCAGUCCACGACCACCACGACUUCCCAAUCCCCAAGUGACGUCGCCACUUAUCGUCUGAUAAACAGGAACACAGAUGCCACGUGUAUUCUUUUAACAACCGAUGCUUUGGUGGAGAUCAACUUGAAGCUACACGGUUUCGACGACAAAGUCGACUCCCUCAUCCCCAACGACGCGGUGGUUAAAGGCAGCUGCGCAAACGAAGACUCUCUGAUAAUGGAGCUGACCUGGCAGUGGUACAGCCUCUCGCUAGCGUUUGCCAAGACUCCCGGUGGGGAGCUGUGGUACCUGUCCCAGGCCGAAUUAGCUGUAAGUCUUGACAUGCCGAGAUUAUCAUCGAUCCAGACGAGAGACAAAACAUUGAGGCUGUACAGUAACGAGAAGUUGAUACCGACUCCUGUGGGCAAGUCAUACAUGUGCGACGAGGUACACGUCCAGCUUAGGACCGAGGAUAAUCGUCACCCGCCGAAAAAUAUCCACGGCUCCCUGUGGCUACGCAAGCUCCAGAUCCAGGCCUUUAUGUAUAAGAACGAGAACUUUUCCGAGUCUUUUCAGUGUAAAGCGCAGAAAUAUUUCAGAAGCGAAACCGCCCCUAUUGCCGUGGGUUCCACCUUAGCCAUCGCAGCUCUGGGUAUAGUCUCCGGCUACGGAAUAUACAGGUAUUUUAAAGUGAAAAACGUGCAGUACAACGCCAUGGAGUAGGAAGGAACAGGUCCAACUCGAUCAUAUCAUCAAAACACUUAUCUAGGGAAUCUACUUAAGUAUAAGGUCUCUCUAACUCACCUUGUCUUACGCAUUUGAAUAUUAUUUUAUCUACAGGGCAGGAUGCUUCAUAUCGGUCGCUGAAAUUAAAACGCAGUCAAAUUAUAUACGAACCCAGGGGAAAUCAUUGAAAGGAAAAACUUGUAAAAUUCCAGUUCUCCUCAGUCUCCUGCAUUAAAACAUACCAGUGAUUUUCCCCUCGGGUUUCGUCGACAAAAAAGUCAAUAAUAUUAUUUCAAAAAUGUUGUCACAGCAGUGGAUCACAAAAAUCUGAGCACUGCACUGACGUUAAUUUUAAAAAAAAGGAACUUUUCAUAAUAAUCCAACCUGUUAGAUAAAAGUUUUUUGGCUGGCUGUAUAGCGUCAAAAGUUUCGGAAUAGCAUUGGUUGAACUCACGCAAACAUCCACUGACAGUAAUUUAGCACUAAUUUAAUAUUAAAAUUAAGAAAACAACAGUUGACUGUGCAUUAUGAAUUAAUUAAAAAAUAAUGGCGUAUGCUUACUUGCCUAGUUAUUCUUCUGUAAAGUAAAACGUUCCAUUUUCGACCUCGUUUACAGAAAAUAGCAAAUAAUCAAAAAAUUAGUUUUCAAGAAAUUGAAAAAGUUGAGUUUGAAACAGGACGGACAUUUAUGAGGCACAUGCGCAUAUUGGACUUCGCGUAAGAAAUUAAUGAAAAGUUGGCUAACAUUUUAAUAUUAAUGUUAAUGUUUUAGUGAAGUUGCAUGUCGAUCUGGACUCACUAAUGAAUCAUUAAAUUUUUACUCUAAAUCUAAAAUUCGUGUUAAUAUUAAUGGAUGCUUGCAUGAAUCCACCAUUAACAAUUUGGUUGAAGUAUAUCUGUUGAAGUAUAAUUGUACAAAAGGUUCAUUGUAAAUCCUUUCAGAUAUUAUUAUCGUGCAAGCAGUGCUUUGAACUUAUUUCGAAACAGAUUUCUCCAACCUUGACGAUUAUACACCACAACACAACAAAUUAUACUGCACCAAGUUAGAUUAUAAGGUUAGAUAGACUUCAGAUAAAACGCACACUAUUUCGGUAACCUACCUGCGGGCUGGGUCCAGUGAGGACAGAAGGCGGGAAAGUAGGUUUUUCUUUAUCUUGUUUAUGUAUAAAACACGAUUUUCUAGGUGAUUAUCCAUGAAAUAAAUCUAGACCAAACUCAUUUUCAUAUUUUACUGACGUUUUCUAGUGACGUUCCUGCAAAGGUUAGAUUUGUUUGGGGCGGGCUCCGGCGAUACUCAAAAUCGCAACUACUAACAUCUUUUUCAUCCAUCGCGAAGUUUGAAAAACCAUUCCUAAAAUACCAAAAAUAUUCUAAAGACUAAAGUCGAUAGUGCCCUCUCUAAAAGAAAAUCUAACAAAACAGUUGGCGAAAGGUCAAAUCUGAUGCUGCUCUUAAUGUAUUUUUUUUAAUAUUGGCUUCAUAUUUUUAAAUUUCAGUUCGCGAUAUAUAGUUAGUUUUUCCUUUAAAAUCCCCUAAAGCUAUUGCCGAUUUCGCACAGUUGCUUUGGUUAGCUCCGCCAUUUCCGCUAGGAUUGUCCGUCAUAUUGUCUUUAACUAAUUAAGAAACAGAUUUAAGCAGACUGGGGUGGGUGCUUUCAUACUCACAGAUUUGUUUGUCGAUUUAUUAUUGUAAAUAGGAUAAAUUACACUGUUAAUAUAUAUAAGUAAGGGAACAAAGUUAUUUAUGAAAAUUUCUAUUGAUCGUGUACUUUACGACUGUCAAUUACUACCCGCGUCAAAGUCAUGACCAGAGAACAAAAACUGGAGCAAUAGAGCAGUCAAUUAUGAAUUUUCAUAAACAAUUUUCGCUAAAGCCAUGCGUUCGUCUUCCAUAAAAAUAUAGAGAAAAAAAACGAUUACAUAUCUAGGUUAUUACUGCGAGUGCAUUUAGGAUAUAAUUCUUUAUCCGAAUAAAUUAUUACGCAGUAUAUAAAAGAUAUAUAUAGAAUAAUUUGUUCUUAACGUUGAUCAGAGUACCUAUAAGGAUUUACGUAAAUGUAUUUA